AUGGCCACCCCCAGCUCUCAUUUCCAAUCCCAGCCGCAGCACUUGCUGCUGGUGCUGCCAGUGCCAGUAAUCCUAGUUCUCAUCUUUGCCAUGGCUGCUGAAGCUCAAGGGGGUUGCCGACACAAGUGCGGUGACAUCGACAUCCCCUUCCCAUUUGGCAUCGGCGUCGGCCCCGGCUGCUUCCAUGAUGGCUUCGAGGUCUUGUGCAACGAAUCUUCCGUUCCUCCCCGUGCCUUCCUUGCUGGAGGCAAGUACGUCAGGCAGCAGCACAGCUCGCCAUCCGGUGACAUUGAGUCGUCCUGGCUGGUGGAGCUGGCGAGCUUAUCAGUCGCUACAGGCGAGGCACGAGUGUUUGCCCCGGUCUCCUACCACUGCAACACACAAGACAACGGGGUCGUCUCCAUGGCACCGUAUAUGGAACUCCUGGGCACGCGAUUCGCUGCCUCGACGACGCGAAAUGUUCUCAUGGGCCUUGGCUGGAGCGCCGACACUCGACUGUCUUUCAUGUCUACUCCUGAGAUGUUGUUUGCUUGCCUUGCUUUUGAUAUCGAAUUAGACAGGGGGGACGGGUCUUGCUCGGGGUCCUGCUGCCAAGCUACCCUUGCGCGCUACGGCAAGAGCCUCAGAUGGACUGUCAAGUUUCUUAGUGACAAUACAAUUAACAUGCCGCGCCUCCCGUGCUCCUAUGGCAUGGUGGUGGAGAAGUCAUGGUACACAUACUCUAUGGCGGAUCUAGAGGGCUACAAGGUGCUACUCAAUAGGUUUCCCCAGGGCGUCCGCAUGGUGCUCAAUUUCACUGCUGGGGACGGUUUGUGUCCGGCAAAAGGACAGCCGCCGCCUCAGGACUACGCCUGCCUCAGCAGCAACAGCUUUUGUGCCAAUGCAACAUACGGAUAUACUCCUGGCUACAUCUGCAAGUGCCUGGACGGUUACGCGGGCAACCCUUAUAUCCCUAACGGAUGCCCAGACAUUGAUGAGUGCAGCCUCCUCCAAAAUCCAUGCUCAAAUGGCGGGGUCUGCACAAACAAGUUGGGAGGCUAUGACUGUCCAUGCAAAUUCGGAAUGAAGGACGAUGGCAGAGGGGGAACCUGCACAGAUAUAUUCCCUCUAGCAGCAAAGGCGGCUGUGGGUGCAAUAGGUGGUGUACUUCUCGUGGUGAUUAUAUCGUUUCUUGUUAUUCUUCGCAAAGAGAAAAAGAAAGUGAAUGAAUUAUACAAAAGGAACGGCGGCCCAACAUUGGAGAAGGCAAAUGUGAUUAAGCUUUUCAAAAAGGAUGAGCUCAAGCCAAUUUUGAAGAAUAGCAAUUUAAUUGGAAAAGGUUGCUUUGGUGAAGUUUACAAGGGCCUUCUCGAGAAUAAACUAGUUGCCGUAAAGAAGCCGAUUAAUGGUUCUGUGCUAGAGAGUGACCAAUUUGCAAAUGAAGUCAUCAUCCAAUCUCAAGUCAUCCACAAGAAUAUUGUUAGGCUCAUUGGUUGUUGCCUUGAAGUUGAUGCCCCCAUGUUGGUCUACGAGUUUAUCUCCCAAGGUAGUCUCCAUGACAUUCUUCACAAUAACAAUAACAAGGUGGCUCUCAACUUGGAUGCACGUUUAAGUAUUGCUGCACAUUCAGCGGAUGGUCUAGCUUAUAUGCACUCAAAAACAAAUAUUAGAAUUCUACAUGGUGAUGUCAAACCAGCAAAUAUACUCUUGGAUGAUAACUUCAUACCCAAGAUUUCAGACUUCGGCAUAUCUAGGCUGAUUGCAAGAGAGAAGGAACACACUGCAUCAAUCAUUGGUGACAUGAAUUAUAUGGAUCCGGUGUAUCUACAAGAAGGCCUACUCACCGAAAAAAGCGAUGUUUACAGUUUUGGGGUUGUGAUUCUAGAGCUUAUUAGCAGGAGGAGGGCAAUGCAUUCUGACAAUAAUAAGUUGGUAAAGAAUUUUCUUGAAGCUCAUAAGAAACAAAACAAAGCUACUGAGUUUUUCGACAAGGAAAUUGCGAUAACAGAAGAUUUGGAGCUUCUUGACAGUCUAGCAGGUAUGGCCGUGGAAUGCCUUAGCCUUGACGUGGAUCAAAGACCAACGAUGAUGGAGGUAGCUGAGCGGCUACUCAUAUUGGGCCGAUCUCGUAAGGUGUAA